AUGUUGAGAAUUACGAUCCGGGCCGACAUGGGAGCCAUUUGGGUGUUAUUGUGUAUCACCUAUUCCCAGUUCUUGAGCGUAUCGUCUGAUGACAUAGUGGUCGCAUGCGGGGGAUUCGUGAAAUCCGACGUUGAAAUCAAUUACUCUCUGAUCGAGAUUAAACUCUACACCAAACAAGGUUCCUUGAAAUAUCAAACAGACUGUGCUCCUAUCAAUGGCUACUUCAUGAUCCCUCUCUAUGACAAGGGAGACUUUGUGUUGAAGAUUGAACCUCCUCUUGGAUGGAGCUUUGAGCCAACCAGUGUUGACCUCCAUGUGGAUGGAGUGAGUGACAUCUGUACAAAAGAAGAAGACAUCAACUUUGUUUUCACUGGAUUUUCAGUCUCAGGAACGGUCCUGAGUAAAGGCCAUCUUUUGGGUCCGGCUGGAGUAGAAGUCAGACUCAGCCGAGUGGGAACAGAAGAGAAACUCCAGAGUGUCAUCACACAGCCUGGAGGAAAGUAUACCUUCUUAAAAGUACUCCCUGGAAAUUAUGACAUCACAGCUUCCCAUCCCUCCUGGACUCUGGAGCAGAGUACCACCUCAGUACACGUCUCCAAUGCCAAUGCCCCAGCCGCCGACCAUCUGGUAGUUGGAGGCUACGAUGUCUCGGGGGAGGUCCGAAGUGAUGGAGAGCCCAUGAAAGAGGUCACCUUCCUACUGUACUCAGCCACAGUCAAGACAGAGGACGUUGGUGGCUGUAACACGUCCCCAGUGGAGGGGGCUGAUUCUGGGGACAGCUCCCUGGUCUACUUGUGCAGCGCUCUAUCCAGGGAAGAUGGGACCUUCGUCUUCCCCGCACUGGCCAGCGGCGAGUACACUGUGGUGCCUUUCUACAGGGGAGAACGGAUCACGUUUGACGUCGCUCCCUCCAGGAUGAAUUUCAAGGUGGAACACAACAGUUUGAAGCUACAGCCCAUCUUCCGUGUCAUGGGCUUCUCUGUGACGGGCCGAGUUCUCAACAGUGCUGUUGGGGAGGGCGUCCCUGAUGCCACAGUGUCCCUCAACAACCAGAUCAGAGUCGUCAGCAAGGAGGAUGGUUCUUUCCGACUGGAGAACAUGACGGCUGGUACCUACACCAUCCGUGUCAACAAGGAGCUCAUGUUCUUUGAGCCAAUCACAGUGAAGAUCGCCCCCAACACCCCCCAACUCCCUGACAUCAUCACAGCAGGGUUCAGUGUGUGUGGCCAGAUCUCCAUCAGCCGCCUGCCUGAGGGCAUGAAGCAGCAGGGCCGCUACAAGGUCACUCUGACACACCAGGACCAAGAAAAGACCCCCAGCAAGACCAUAGACUCUGAUCCUCAGGGAGCCUUCUGCUUUCAGACCAAACCUGGAGAUUACAGUGUCCAUGUGUCGCUCCCUGAGGCGGAGGUGAAAGCAGGCCUGGCUCUGCAGCCUCAGGCCCUGGAGGUCUCCCUUGUAGACCGGCCCCUCACAGACCUACUUUUCACCCAAUUCAUGGCUUCUGUCUCUGGAAAAGUCUACUGUUUAGCGUCCUGCGAUGACCUCUCAGUAACCCUGCAACCAGUGAGUCGGCAGGGAGAGAGGAGGGCGGUGGCUCUGUCUGGCAGCAGUGACAUCCUCAGCUUCUCCUUUGACAAUGUUUUACCUGGGAAAUACAAAGUGAGUAUUUCUCACGAGGAGUGGUGCUGGAAACAUAAGUCCGUGGAAGUGGAGGUUCUGGACUCUGAUGUUUCGGGGGUGGAGUUCAGACAGAUUGGCUACAUCCUGCGCUGCUCCCUCUCGCAUGCCAUUACUUUGGAGUUCUUCCAAGAUGGCAGCAAACCUGAGAACGUCGGCGUGUACAACCUCUCCAAGGGAGUUAACCGCUUCUGCCUCUCCAAGCCUGGUGUUUACAAAGUCACCCCUCGCUCCUGCCACCAGUUUGAACAGGACUUCUACACCUACGACACCUCAGCCCCCAGUAUCCUGACCCUCACAGCAGUCCGGCAUCACAUGACCGGGCUCAUCACCACCGACAAGAUCCUAGACGUCACAGUUACUAUUAAAUCAUCUAUUGAGAGCGAGCCGGCGCUGGUUCUAGGUCCCCUGCGGAGCCUGGAGGAGCAGAGGCAGGAGCAGCAGCUGCAAGAGAUUCAACUGCGCCGUCAGGAACGAGAGCGGCGUGCUGCAGAAGAGGACGGAGGUGCCCGAGAUGAUAGCCCUCCUAUCCAAGAGAAGGCUGAUGAACUGACAGGCCCCUUCCACUAUGAGUUCUCCUACUGGGCCAGGGCUGGAGAGAAGAUCACUGUGACACCUUCCUCCAAGGAACUGCUGUUCUACCCUCCAGAGGUCGAGGCCACUAUCACCGGAGAGUCGUGUCCAGGUCGGCUGGUGGACAUUGCGGGACGUGCAGGUCUCUUCCUGGAGGGCAAGGUAUCACCAGAGCUACAGGGUGUGGAGAUCUCCAUCACUGAAAGAGGAGCUGCAACACCGCUCAUUACUGUGGCCACUAAUGAGAUGGGAGCAUACAGUGUGGGUCCACUCCACAGCGACCGGCAGUACAACAUCAGCGCCAGUAAAGAAGGUUUCGUCCUGAGCCCUGUGGAGGGAACCCAGGGAGACUUCAAGGCGUUCGCUCUGGCUGGUGUCACCUUCAAGAUCAAAUCAGAGGAGGGUCACCCCCUGUCAGGUGUCCUCCUGUCUCUGAGUGGAGGACAGUUUCGCUCUAACCUGCUGACCCAGGACACUGGCCUGCUCACCUUUAAUAACCUGAGUCCUGGUCAGUACUACUUCAAGCCCAUGAUGAAGGAGUUCCGCUUUGAGCCGGCGUCUCAGAUGAUCACAGUGGAGGAGGGUCAAAACCUCAGCAUCGAUAUAACUGGCAUUAAGACUGCUUACAGCUGUUACGGGGCGGUGCAGUCUUUGAGCGGGGAUGCAGAGAGGGAUGUGGCUGUGGAGGCAGUGGGACAGGGAGAGUGUAGUCUCUACAGCGAGGACACCGUCACUGAUGAGGAGGGUCGCUUCAGACUCAGGGGUCUGCUGCCGGGUUGCAAAUAUCUAAUUCAGCUGCGAGCGGAAGGCAAUGACCACAUAGAGAGGGCCUUACCACAACACAGAGCUAUAGAGGUGGGCAGCAAUGACAUCGACGGGGUCAAUAUCAUCGCCUUCAGGCAAAUAAAUCAGUUUGACCUCAGUGGAAACGUCCACACUUCCCCUGAACAUCUCCCAACACUAUCGGUGAAGCUUUACAAGAUUGAUAAUCUGGACAACCCAAUCAACAGUGUCUCUCUGGGACAGUCCCUCUUCUUCCACUUCCCUCCUCUGGACAGAGAUGGAGAGAGCUAUGUGCUGAUGCUGUACUCCACCCUGUCCCGCUCCCAGUAUGACUUCACUCUGCCUCAGGUCACCUUCACCUCCAGCGGCUACCACAAGCACGUCACUCUCACCUUCAACCCCACUCGUAAAGUGCCUGACCAGGAUGUUGCCCAGGGCUCCUACAUAGCUCUGCCCCUCACUCUGCUGCUCCUCUUAGCAGCUUACAACCACGAGAAGGUAAUCCCCCUCCUGUUACAGGUAGUGAAUCGUAUCCAGGGAGUGAGGAGCAUGGCCCAAACCAGCGGGGAAAACGCUGCUCUGGAUGAAGCCAAACGUCAGGCCAAGAGACAGAAGGCCAGACGUACAUGAGGAAACAAUUACGGCUUACCUCACACCACAUCUUUGUGCACUAAAUAGUACACUUGUAGCCAUGGUUACAGCCUUAGAGGAAACUGCAGGUAGAUGUUGGUUCACCAGAUAAAGCUCUUAACGUUUGGAGUGGCUGUGGUCAACUGUGGGUGCCUGUAAACUGUUUAGCUCACUAAGAUGUGAUUUGGUCCCAAGUGAAGCCCGACAUGAACCACUCAACGCGCAUUACCACCACCUCAUCAGCCAAUCAGAUUCACUGGACUGAUAGCUGACAUUUUACAGGUUGUUUUCUUCAGUUUGUUUUUUUUUCCAGAAUACUCAUUGUCUAAAAACGUUGUCAAUAUUUGUGAUAGAAUAUGAGCCAUUUUUAUACCUUUGUAAUUUAUGUAGGUCAACUCGAAUCUAUUGCGUGUGUUUUGAAAGCACCUGAAUGCUUUUGAUAUCUGUCCUAACAUUGUUUAGGACUAUCAGUCAUUGUGGAUUAAUCAUGUCUCUCACCUAUUAGCAUUGGGGUCAGUUCAGACAAAAGGGAGGUUUCUUUAGAAUAUGGCUGGGAUUUGAUAAGAUCCAAACCUCCAGUUUUAACUUAAAGAUAUUAAAUGUAUAGUUUCUUAUGGAUCAAAUAAAAGUCAGUUGGAUUUUGAGAUUUUUAAAUGAUCAUCAGAAAUGUUUUCAGAGCUUGUGCUUGUAUGUCACCCUUGUAAACUAGUGGUGAAAAAGUUUGUGUAUAUGUAGAGGCAAAGACUGAGAAAACAUCUGAGUAAAGAUCCAAAGCAUUAAACUGUGUAAAACAAAAGAAGAGUAAAUUAAUAACCUAGUUUGUUUAGACUGUUGGCACUCCAAAUCCAUUCCUGAUAACCACAAAAACAGGUCUGCAAAUGAGGAUAUACAACAAGCUUUGAAUUAAAAAAAAACUUCAUUUCACAAUCUCAAAAUCUUUUUUAACCCUUAUUUGACCCCAUAGAUUUGAUCAAAACUGAACUGACUCCUGUAAUACCAUCAGAUCCAUUAUGUACCUGCUAACUAUGAUUGAGGGACUGCCAAAGACGCUGACAACGUAAUAAAUGUACCAUUGUCAGCCAUAUCACUUAAAUGCGAAACACCCAUGAGUUACUGUAAUGCACUCCACUUCUGGUGGUAUUUUAUAAGCCGUUAAGUGUGAUGCAAGAUUGACUUUAUGUCAGUUUCUCCAAUAGCUCAGGAAAGUGGUGGUCAAUAGGAUGAUACAAAUUUGGGUUUGAAUUCUGUGUGAAAAUAAUUUUUGGUUUUGGGGGAGGUGUUCUGGGGUGUGUGGGGAGCUCUGUGGGGGAUAACUGAUAGUUGAUUAAUUUAUUAACAUAUUUCUAAUCAGAUGUGAAUAAUAACCUAGUUUGUAUUCUGGUAAAUGUCUUUCAGAAGUGUGCUUGUUUUUUGAAUGAUGUUCUGUCAGAUGAAGUGUGUGACAAGCUAUUUUAAAGACAACGUUAAAUUUAAGAAGACUCAGAGCCACAAAAGUGAAAAUGAAUGGGAAUAUCUACAAAGGGUCUGUCACAACCUUGAGUUAAACUUGAAAGUUAAGGCAGAAUUGUAAUUUCAUAAGCUCAUUGUCUUACCACCGAGCUGUGUAAUGCACUGAAAACUAUGGACCCCAAUUAUUUUUCUGUAUUUAAUUUGUCUGCUCUCAGUUGUGGCUGACUUUAGCUGAAAGAUGAGAAGGCCACUGAUUAUUUACUGAGUUGAAAUAUAUUCCAAUUAGUCAACAUUUAGGGGGCGUUGAUUAGUUUGGUUGGGGUGGGAGAGGGAGGAUGAGGGAGGAU